AUGUUAAACGCAGCUAAAUUUGUUGCACGUCGAGUUGCAGAGCAGUCACUUUUUGUUAAACAAGAUGUAAUGUUCAAAGCUAGUCAAUGUCUUGGCUCAUUCCAAAUUCGUCAAACAUCUUCUAAAGGUGUACAAGGUCAUGUUAUUGGUAUAGAUCUUGGUACAACCAAUUCUUGUGUUGCUGUCAUGGAAGGAAAAACUCCCAGAGUAAUUGAAAAUUCUGAAGGUUCAAGAACUACACCUUCAGUUGUUGCCUUCACCAAGGAAGGUGAAAGGUUAGCUGGUACUCCCGCUAAAAGACAAGCUGUAACCAAUACUCAAAAUACUUUUUAUGCUACCAAAAGACUUAUUGGUCGUCGUUUUGAUGACCCUGAAAUACAAAAGGAUAUGAAAAACUUGACCUAUAAAAUUGUAAAAGCUACUAAUGGAGAUGCUUGGGUGCAAGGUACUGAUGGAAAAAUGUACUCGCCUAGUCAAAUAGGCGCUUUUGUAUUGAUUAAAAUGAAGGAAACAGCUGAUUCAUUUUUGGGAACAAAUGUGAAAAAUGCUGUUAUCACUGUUCCAGCCUAUUUUAAUGAUUCACAGAGACAAGCCACCAAGGAUGCUGGUCAAAUUGCUGGACUAAAUGUCUUGCGUGUUAUAAAUGAACCUACUGCUGCUGCAUUAGCAUAUGGUAUGGAGAAAGACAGUGAUAAACUUAUAGCAGUUUAUGAUUUGGGUGGUGGUACUUUUGAUGUUUCCAUUUUAGAAAUUCAAAAAGGUGUAUUCGAAGUAAAAUCUACUAAUGGAGAUACAUUACUGGGCGGAGAAGACUUUGAUAAUUUAUUAGUUAAUUAUUUUGUUUCUGAAUUUAAGAAAGAACAAGGAGUUGAUUUAAAUAAAGAUAUUAUGGCCAUGCAACGCGUUAAGGAAGCCGCUGAAAAGGCUAAAGUUGAACUAUCAUCUUCUCUACAAACUGAUGUUAAUUUACCAUACAUAACUGUUGAUAGUUCUGGUCCAAAGCAUUUAAAUUUAAAAUUGACUAGAGCCAAAUUUGAAGGAUUAGUUGGCGAUUUAAUUAAAAGAACAAUUGGACCGUGUCAAAAAGCUGUUAAAGAUGCUGAAGUAAAACUUUCUGAUAUUUCUGAUGUAUUAUUAGUUGGAGGAAUGACUCGCAUGCCUAAAGUACAGUCAUUAGUUCAAGAAGUAUUUGGAAAACAACCCAGUAAAGCAGUAAACCCAGAUGAAGCUGUUGCUGUCGGUGCUGCAGUUCAGGGGGGAGUGCUAUCGGGCAGUGUAACUGAUGUACUAUUACUUGAUGUUACUCCAUUAUCUCUGGGUAUUGAAACAAUGGGAGGUGUAUUUACUAGCCUUAUUUCUCGUAAUACAACCAUUCCAACAAAAAAAAGUCAAGUUUUUUCUACAGCUGCUGAUUCUCAAACUCAGGUAGAAAUUAAAGUUUUUCAGGGAGAAAGAGCAAUUGCCGCUGACAAUAAACUCCUUGGUCAAUUUUCAUUAGUUGGAAUUCCUCCAGCACCAAGAGGUGUUCCACAAAUAGAAGUCACAUUUGAUAUAGAUGCUAAUGGUAUAGUUCAUGUAUCAGCACGUGACAAAGGAACUGGUCGUGAACAACAAAUAUCAAUACAAUCGUCUGGAGGAUUAAGUAAAGAUGAAAUUGAAAACAUGGUAAAGAAUGCUGAACAAUAUGCCCAACAAGAUCAAGUUAAAAAAGAACGCGUUGAAGCUUUAAACCAAGCAGAUUCCAUUGUUAAUGAUACUGAAAGCAAAUUAACAGAAUAUCAAGCUAAUAUACCCGAAGAGGAUGCCACCAAUAUUCGUGAAUUAAUUAAAGAAGUGAGGGAUAAAAUAGCCCAAGCGCAAGCCGGUGAACAAGAUCCUGAAGAAUUAAAAGCUAGUACACAAAAAUUACAGCAAGCAUCAUUGAAGAUGUUUGAAGUUGCAUAUAAGAAAAUGGCUGCUAAACGUGAACAAGAAAAUAGCGGUAAUAAAAGUAAUGAAACUAGUGCCAAUGAAGAAGAUGGUCAUACUAAAAAAGAACAAUAA